UAAAAGUCGGCGACUCCUAAGCAAGCGUCUCCCUUUCUCUCGGCUCUCGCUUCGGGGCGAGGCGGAACUCCGGCGGCGGCGGCGGCGGCCGGUCAGAAGAAGGAUCGAUGGGCAAGAACAAGGGCCGGGCUUCCAGCAGCGGCUUGGCGGCGUCGCUGCUGCCUGACGCCCAGGGCGCCGCCGUCCCCACCGUGGGUUUCGGGGGCUACCACGGCGCCUCCCGCGUCGAGCCCGCCGCCCUGCCUUCCUCCUCCGCUGACACCGAUGCUCCGAUUCGCUUGCCUCCCGACGUGGAUGGUGAAGUGCUGCAGCACCUAAGGAGGCUCGGAAGGAAGGAUCCCACAACAAAGCUCAAGGCAUUAUCUACCCUCUCUAUGCUCUUUGCACAAAAACCUGGUGAGGAAGUCGUGCAAAUUGUUCCACAAUGGGCAUUUGAGUACAAGAGGCUGUUGCUUGACUAUAACAGAGACGUUCGUCGUGCUACUAAUGAUACCAUGUCUAGCCUUGUCAUGGCAGUCAAGAAGGGUCUAGCUCCACAUCUCAAGUCUUUGAUGGGGCCUUGGUGGUUUUCACAGUUUGAUCCUGCUGCUGAGGUUGCGCAGGCUGCUCGACGGUCAUUUGAGGCAGCAUUCCCACAAUCAGACAGAAGGUUGGAUGCUUUAAUGCUAUGUGUAAAGGAGACGUUUGUUCACCUAAAUGACAAUCUGAAGCUAACAACACAAGCUUUAUCCGACAAGGCUACACCGAUGGAUGAAUUAGAAGAUAUGCAUCAGAGGGUGAUAUCAUCAUCAUUGUUGGCAAUGGCAACUCUUAUCGACAUCUUACUAGGGGUGAAGUUACAAAAUUAUGGUGAUGACAGUGCAAAUACCGAAAGCAAGUAUCAUUCAAAAGUUCGAUCUACCACACUGUCUUCCGCUGAAACUGCAUUUUCUAUGCAUAAAUACUUUCUUGAUUUUCUGAAGUCAAAAAGUGCUGUUAUACGGUCAGCUACAUAUUCGCUGCUUACAAGUUAUAUCAAAUAUGUCCCUCAUGUUUUCAACGAAGAAGCCAUGAAGAUACUUACUUCCACCGUACUCGGCGCCUUCCAUGAAAAGGACCCAUUAUGUCAUUCUUCUAUGUGGGAUACAAUUCUUGUUUUUUCUAGAAGGUUUCCAGAGGCUUGGUCAUAUUGCAAUAUUCACAAGGUUGUCCUUAAUCGGUUUUGGCACUUUCUGAAAAAUGGAUGCUAUGGGUCUAAACAAACCUCAUAUCCUCUCAUAGUUCAGUUUUUGGAUUCUAUACCAUCUAAAGCUGUUGCUCCAGAGCAAUUCGCUUUUGACUUUCUACAAAAUCUUUGGGCUGGUAGAAACCAGAGGCAGUUAUCAGCCGCUGAUAGUUUGUCUUUCUUUACUGCGUUUAAACAGAGCUUUUUGUGGCUUCUAAAAAAUGUGCCGAGACAUUCUGGAGGAGAUUCUUCAGGUGAUAUUCAUAUCAAGCUUAUAGUUAAUGUUCUUGCCAAAAUUGCUUGGUCUGAUUACCUUCAGUUAUCGCUAUCCAAAAACCUGGACACAAGUCCCAGUUUGCUUUCUGAAGAAGCAACUACUGAUGAUUGUCAGCUACCUCAUAAGAAGUCAUUGUUGGUUUCAAACAUGCGCCAGCCGACUUACUAUUAUCAGGAUCUGGGGAGAUGUAUCAUUGAAAUAUUGGAUGCUAUUUCAAUUACAGAAACACAUCUGUUGGAUGUUGCUUGUGAGUCUCUACUGAGGGACUAUUUGGACGUAGUUCAUCAGGGGGAAAAUCUAUCAAAAUUUCAGGAGCAUGUGGACCAAGUUGCAUAUUUCUUCCGUUCUUUGGAUCUGCUCGUUGUGCAUAACGGUGGAACAUGGCCGCUGGAAAGCUUAGCGAGACCACUGGUUGAAAAAUCUCUGCCAGCUAUCAAGUCCAUGGAUACCCCAAGUCUUGUUAAACUUCUUUUAAUUUUGGUUGAAAUAUUUGGGCCUUCCCCCCUAUUCUUGAAGAACUCUCAGAAAAUUGAUGAUAAAUCAAAUGUUGAGCCUUAUCUGAAGGUAUUCAAUGGUGACUUUAUCCCUUGGUGCUUGGAUGGGAAGUAUAGCACCUGUAGCUCAAAGAUUGAUUUAUUGCUGUCUUUAUUUCAUGAAGAGUGCUUCUUUGACCAGUGGUCUUUGGUUAUUGAAUACACUAGAGCUAAACAAAAGUGCUCUGUUGAUAAUAAGAGCUCACAGACAAGUGACCAAUAUGAACUGCUGGCACUUAUACUUCAAAAAGUCAGAGAAAGAAUUACUGGGGAAAGGUUGAGAAGUUUGCAGAAAAAUGGUUCGUUGCCAGAACAUUGGCGGCAUGAUCUAUUGGAUUCUGCUGCAGUUUCUGUCUUCUGUAAUUUGCCCACUACAGAGUCUCAUGUACGCUUUCUAUGUGCUGCACUGGGUGGCUCCAGUCAAGAUGAUCAAAUUUGUUUUCUCUCUGCUGAGGCUGUUUGCAAAAUCCGUGGAUCCAUUUUGAAGUCUUUGGCAUCGGUACUCAUCACAACAACUUUUGAGUGGACAAAGUCUGCACAUUUUCUGUUGUCACCUGCUGAACCUGAGCAUUGCGUCAAUCUUCUAGAAGGACAGUCGUUGUCAGCAAACAUUGAGACGGCUCAGUUCGCUUUGGAAGUAUUUGAGCAUAGCUUGUUUGCCCUAAGGAUAAACGAGGAAGAUUCAAUAUUUUCUUAUAUUCUGUCCACUUUGUUUAUCAUUGAAUGGGAAUGCAGCAUGGGUAUAACUCUUGCAGAAGAUGCUUUGAAAUAUCAUAACGACGAAAUCAGUGUCAAGGCUUCUACCUCAAGCAGUUCAGAUGAUCAUUUGGAUGAGACAAUGCUUUUGAAGGCUAGCCUUGCAGAACGUAUACAUGCUUUUCGCCAAAGAUUAAGCCCAUCCUUUUGGAAUGACCUUCAUUCAGGCACUUUGACUAGGCUGGUAAAUAUUCUAGUGCAGUCUGUCAGGUAUGCUGUAUUUCAGACACAAGACUUACUUACUGAUAGGACAGCAGUCUUAUGUUCGGAGUGGGUGGUAGACAUGUUGAGACUCAUCUGCCUUGACCACAUAAAGUUGCAAUGUUUCUUUGAUCUUCUGUUAUCGGAGGGAGAAUACUGGCCGCUCUGGGUGAAGCCGUCUUUACGAAAUGGUCAUGCAUCAGUGAUCCAAUGUGAUCCAAUUACUGCAGAUGAAGUUGAACUGAAACACCACCGGUUUGUUGCUUUUGUUGACAAGCUUGUUCUGAACCUUGGCUUUAGUCAAGUGAUUUUAGGUGUUCCAGGAAAUCAACAGUGUGGAACAUCACCAUCAAUUGAUGUUACUUCACCUGUUUGUUCCUUCUCUAGAGCAUGGGUUGCUGGUGAGAUGAUUUGCACUUGGAAGUGGAAAGGGGGAAGUGCACUGAGCACAUUCUUACCUGCUCUGGUUCAGUACAUGAAAACAGAGUCAUGUCUUGAGGUCAGCAUUGUGCCCCUGUUGCUUGACACAUUACUAGAAGGGGCCCUUAUGCAUGAGAGUAGUGACUGGGUACUGUUCAACGCUUGGCAUAUCUCUGACAAUGAGAUUGAGAAAAUCCAAGAUCGUUUUCUCCGUGCUCUUGUGGGUCUGUUAUAUACAACUUAUAUCAAGGACUGUAUUUGGAGAGAAUCGGAUGCACUUGUAUUUUUUGAACAGCUACUGAGUAGUCUUUCUAUUGGUUCAACAGUAAAUAGAAAAUGUGUGAGGACUCUUCCUUUCAUCAUGUGUACAAUCAUCAAGCCCUUGACAGAAAAAAUGAGAUUGAACGAAGCUUCUCCCUACUCUGAUUUGGUGGGAAAAAGUAUAUUGAGUUGGCUUGAUGAAGCCAUCUCUUGUCUGUCAUUGAACCCAAGUGAAGUAACACAACAAGAUAUUGAGGACUGGAUUCAAGUGGUCCUAUCUUGCUUCCCGUUGAAGAUAACUGGAGGAGCCCCAAAACUGUUAAUUAAGUUUGAACGACAGAUCAGCGAGACAGAAGCAUCAUUACUCCUGAGUCUUUUUCUGAGGUACCAGACUUUCUAUACUAGCACAGAUCCAUUGCUGUUCUCCAGUGGAUCUAAGCUAUCAAAAACAAUUGAACUUCUGAGUGUGAAACUGAUAGCAGUUAUGGUUGGCUAUUGCUGGACGAAACUCGGUGAAAAUGAUUGGCGUUUUCUGUUCCGUACGCUACGUAAGUGGAUUGAAUCUGCUACUUUGCUUGUUGAAGAAAUAACAGAUGGCAUCAAUGAUGCUGUAAUAAACCAGAAACCAGAAGAUACCUUGGAGAAGCUUAAACUGACGGCCUGUACUGUAGAUGAGCUAACAUUUAUUUGUGCUGAAUCUGCUUUGGUUACAUUGUGUAACCUCAAUCAUCUUGACAGUCUCCGUGAAACAGAAAACUCCCAAGCUAUUCACCUUAUUGGGUCAGGGGAGUAUGCAGAGUGUAAUGACAAGAUGAUGGAGAGUAUCCUGCGUUUGUUCUUGGCCUCUGCUGUUUCAGAGGCAAUUGCAAAAUCUUUUAGUGAAGAGGCUUCAUCCAUCAUAGCUUCAACUCGUCUGGUUUAUUUGCAUUUUUGGGAACUAGUGGCAUCAUUCAUCGUUUAUGCUUCACCACAGAUUAGAAGAUCUGCACUGGAGUCUAUGAAACUGUGGGGACUUGCCAAAGAUUCAGUCAGUGGACUAUAUUCUAUUCUUUUCUCCUUGCAGCCAAUAUAUCAUCUACAGUUUGCGGCUUACUCCCUGCUUAUGUCUGAGCCCCUCUGUCAAAUUUCAUUAGUCAAAGGGUGUUCUCUGGAAGAAAACAGCCCACCGUGUCAGGAGUCUGACAUGGGUCAAAGUAACGAGUCGUUGCCAGAUUCAGAGAAGACCCUAUAUAUCAGAGACGAACUCUCUGCCUUGAUUGAGAUGCCUACUUCUGAACUUCUGAAAACAGAUCUGACAGCUCAACAUAGGGUUGAUGUCUUCGUUGCCUGGGCAUUGCUGUUGUCCCACCUGCAGUUACUGCCAUCAUCAUCCACUACUAGGGAAAAAAUACUUCAAUAUAUACAAGAUAAGAUUAGUCCCUGCAUAUUGGAUUGCAUUUUCCAGCAUAUCCCAUUAAGGACUGCUGCACCUAGCGGGAAGAAGAAAGAUAUUGGGCUUGUGCCUGAAGCAGAAGCUGCUGCCAAAGCUUCUAAAAAUGCCAUUAUUACAUGCUCGCUGCUACCGUAUGUGGAAUCUCUUUGGCCAGUUGGGGUUUUGCAAAUGGCCUCGCUUGCAGGGUCAUUGUAUGGGAUGAUGAUUAGACUACUUCCUUCCUAUGUACGUACAUGGUUUACUAGCUUGAGAGAUCGUUCAUUGUCAUACUCAAUCGAGUCCUUCACUAGAGCAUGGUGCAGUCCUCCUCUUCUAGUGGACGAAUUUUCUCAGGUCAAGGACUUUGUUUAUGCCGAUGAAAAUUUCUCGGUUAGCGUAAACCGGUCGGCAUAUGAAAUUAUUGCUACAUAUAAGAAGGAGGACACAGGAAUUGAUCUUGUUAUACGUCUCCCAAGUUGUUACCCUCUGCGUCAUGUAGAUGUUGAAUGUACAAGGAGUCUGGGUAUCAGUGAUGUGAAAUGUAGAAAAUGGCUGCUUUCCCUCACGUCAUUCGUCCGUAACCAGAAUGGUGCGAUAGCCGAGGCGAUCCGCACCUGGAAAAACAAUUUCGACAAGGAGUUUGAGGGUGUGCAGGAAUGCCCAAUCUGCUACAGCAUUCUCCACACGAGCAACCACGGCCUCCCACGGCUGGCAUGCAAGACAUGCAAGCACAAGUUUCACGGCGCCUGCCUUUAUAAGUGGUUCUCAACAUCCAACAAAUCAACAUGCCCGCUAUGCCAGACUCCUUUCUAGAAAUGCUCUGCAAGGAGUUACUGGAAAACAUUGCUGUUGGGACUUGGGAUACAAUAUGAGUUUCUGGCUCUAGUAGCGGAUGAAUUUUGGAACGCUGCCUUUGCAAUGCAGCUGUAUGACAACCUGACCUCGUGUAUGAUCGGUCUCUGUUUUGCCCCUUAGUUACCACUUUAAUGUUAGCUCAAGGAUUUUAGAACAUUUCUUACAGCAGUGAUUCAAAGGUUUCUUUUGUCAGAUUUGCUUUCAUAGCUCAUGUUUUAAUCAGUGCACAUUAUGCUUAUAAAUUUUGGUGAUGUAAUCCCCUUCAUAUAGAUUAUAAAUGUACAUAAUUAUUUAAGAUCA